AUGGUGACGCAUGGGAUUAGGGAGGAACUAGUGAAAGAGGUUAGGGAGGGGAAGGGGGAUUUGGAUGGGUUGAGCUUGGAGGAGGUUUUGAGGAAGGAUUUUAAGCAGUGGAGUGAGGGGGGUAUGGUUUUGGGUUUGGCGGCGGUGGUUAAGCCGUUGGGGUAUUUGGUUGAGAAGGUGGGAGGUGAUGAGGAGUUUUUGGGAGGAGUGAAGAAGUGGGCGGAGGAGAGGGAUCUGGGAGGUGGCAAGAAGGGGGUGGGUUUAAUGGGGGUUAUGACUACGUUUAGUGAUGAGGAGGGGGUUUUUAAGAGGGAAUUGUUUUUGUGGGCGUUGAGUGAGGGGGGUGAGAAGGCGGGGAGGAGGUUUGAGGAGGAGGCGGGGGAGAAGUUGGGGUUGAAGGCAUAUGAGGGGGGGAAGUGGGAUGGCGACGGUGAGGAUGAUGUGAGAUGGAGACGCUGCUGGGUGCAGGAGAGGACGGAGAAUAGUAGGAAGCAGGUUGCUCCUCUUUUGCGAGAAGCAAUGAAAUGA